AUGGCCAACGUCAAGAUCAUCGUGAAGAACGAGAGCGACAAGGUCCAACAGUUUCUCAUCUUCAACGAGAAGCCAACGUACUCCGAGUCAGUCGGCAAGGCCUGGACCAACGUCUGGGGCCGCUCGCCCGGCACGGGAGCCAAGCACGGCACAACUCACUUCUCUAUCGAGGAGCACUACUAUGCCGUGUGCGGCAUGACCCCCGAGUCUUUGCGUACCGAUCUGAUUAUGAGAACGUCGGAUUGGGACGAGGUGAAGCUAGGAACCAAGACGGGAAAGGGCACACUCGAGUGGCUGGAUAUUCAAGAGGGAGGUGCCGUCUUCGAUAAGAACAAGAUAGGAGAACUGGAAAAGGAUGGUUCUUUCGGAAUCGACACAGCCGCUUACGAUUUGACCAAGUAUGAGCACGCCUUCUGUGGCCUCGGUAUGAAGAGUCCGACUCCAGACCAGGGCGAAGUCUUGCCAGUCUCCGUCUGGCGAGCCGAGCCGAACCAAAAGUAUCAGAUCACUCCCAAGAGGAUCUAUUACAUCUCGACCGGGAAAUUCGUUCCUGGAAGGGUCGUAGACUUUGCCCAACUUGGAAAGACCGCGACUAUCGACUUCACUGGUAGGAAGCAAAACGUCGCUACGGUGAUCUACAACAACGAACUUGACUUCCUUCCUGUGAAGUACAGCUUUGACGAUAACAUGGCCGACGAGAAUCACUACUGCGGUAGCAGGCAAAAGUAA